GCGGGAGCAAUCUAGGGCGGGCGUUAAGUCUGUAUCCAUGUUUGUUGCAUUGCUCCAGCCAGGCCUGUAGUGUGUAAAAUCUUAACGCCCGUGACAACGGACAGCAGUUGGUCAAGGAGCACCAUGGAACUAGAGGGUUGUGCUCAUAGAAGCAUGCGUCUUCUUCCUGAAGGUCCCGAACUGGGAACAGUGGCGACUGUUAAGACUGAGGGGCGCCUUGGAGUAUGGGUAGCACAGGCCUGGCUAGGGUCGGGAGCAGCAGUAGUAAGAGGCAGUGGUGGUGGGACCGGUAGUGCGACGGUGGGUGUCAGCAGCAGUGCCACCAUUCCGAAUUCUGACGACACUGACAACGAGUAUGAGGCGCUGCCGGCUUGUGCCUCUGUUAGGACGCAUAUGAUGGCAGGAGCAGUGGCGGGGGUCUUGGAACAUUGUGUCAUGUAUCCGGUCGACUGUGUUAAGACCCGUAUGCAGUGCUUGCAACCAGACCCUGCUGCUCGUUAUCGUAAUGUGAUGGAUGCCCUGCGAAGGAUUGUGGUUACUGAAGGAGUGUGGAGGCCAAUGCGAGGACUGAAUGUGACUGCUACUGGAGCUGGCCCUGCUCAUGCCCUCUACUUUGCCUGCUAUGAAAAACUAAAAAAGAUAUUGAGUGACAUUAUCCAUCCUGGGGGCAAUAGUCAUAUUGCUAAUGGUACAGCAGGAUGUGUGGCCACUCUUCUUCAUGACGCAGCAAUGAACCCUGCUGAAGGUAAUGCUUCUGCUUUGUUGCAUAGCUAG